AUGAUGUCGCCUACACCACCUAAGAGACACAGACCAGCGUCCUUGGAAUUGGAUAAACAGAGUGAUGUAGCCUUGAGGAUCGUUUCUCCAGGACUCCCACCAUUGAAUGAAGAGAUGAAGACUACAGUAAAGAUUUCCCAAAAAAUCGAACAACAGCAAAGACAGCUCAUAGCUAACCGCAAUUCGUCCGGAGGAGCAUCAGCUGCAUCGUUCACAGCAGGGGGGCCUGUUUCCCGACCCAAUUCCUCUUCAAACACAUCAUUUUCGUCCACAUCUUCCAACUCGGCUAAUACCUCCGCUAUAGGCAUCCCUGUUCACAUCACGGUCAGUAACGAUACUGGUGCUGGGGGCCCUGCCACUGGCAAUUUGGACAAGUUAGUGACACCCACCACAGCAAAGAGAUUGAAGAGAGAUAACAUUCCGAGCCCUUUGAAUAUUUCCGUGCAUUCCAAUAAUUCCUCAAGUCCAAACUAUAGACCGGCCAUUAGAUCUGCGCCAAUACGACAAUCGAUUUCCUUUAGAAAUCAAUACGGGCGUCCAGUGUACCAGAGGAGGGGCGGCACUGCAUUUCAGCCCCAGGCGAAUGCCCAAGCCCAGAUUCAAUUGCAAUUGCAAGCUCAGGCUCAGGCUCAGGCUCAGGCUCAAGCACAAGCUCAGGCACAGGCACAGGCAGCUACCAACCCUAGCUCAUACUAUCAACCCAGUGUGCAAAUUCAGAAGCAGAGAUUUAGACCUCAGCAGCAUCAAGCAUACGUUCAUUCUCCUUAUAGACAAAGAUUAAUGACUCCUGGUCAGCCGAUAUACCCAGGAGGUGUGGGAGCAGUUCCAUUGCCGAAUUCCAGCGCGGCUAACCCAAGAGUUGUUAGACAACUCCCAAGACAGUACUCGCAUCCCCAACAUUAUUAUCUUCAGUACAACCAGAACCCACAACCAAUAACAACUGUGGGCCCAAUUCCAACGGUGGUAGGAAGUACGACACCUGCCAGCUAUCAGUUUCAGCAUAACGUAUUUCAGCAACAAUCUACUCCUUUAAAUGCUAAAGGUGUUAACACUGGUGGAAAUGGCGGUCCAGGUCGCUCAGUUACUGACGUAUACCACGGUGAUUACACCAGGGUCGCACCAUUACAAGCCCAACCCUUAUCGUCACAAUUUGAAUAUUUUGACCAUCAAGCAGGUGCUGGCACUGGAGAAGAUAGGUUACCAGUAUCCGAAGAAGAAAUCUUGGAGAUGCAGAAUAAAUACAAAUAUAGGGAUCAAUCCAGAGGCGAGGAUGACAACGAUGAUCCAGAAACUGCAGCAAUCGACGAAGACGAUGAAAAGAGCUCCCGGUUAAUAAUCAAUACAAAGAGCCAAAUAUUUGGUUCAAUUAACUUAAUGAAUGAGAGCGUGUUCAACUUCAAGAUAUUCAAGACUGCUCAGGGAAAGACCAAAGAAGAGAGUAGCGAAUCUGAGAAAGAUGAGGACAAAGAAGAGAAGGCGGAUAAUGAAGAUGAGGAAGAUAAAGAAGAUAAAGAAGAUAAGGAGGACAAGGAAGAUAAAGAAGAUAAGGAGGACAAGGAAGACAAAGAAGUAGAUGACAAAGCAGAGAAUGCACCAGAGGAUAAUAUAGAAGGUGAAGCAGCUGAUUCCAUAAUCCCAAAGGAAGAUUGGCUCUCCCAAGAAAAGGCAAAAUUCUUAAAAAUUUGCGAGACAAGUUGGGAUGAAUUUAUUAGUACACACGUAUAA